AUGCAGCUCCAUCAUCUUCUCACGGGUUCUUAUACCAACAACACGCUGUUUCUCCUUGCGUUUGAUACUAUAUCCCGAGUUCUGUCUCUCAAUUCGACUGUUCCGGGAUUUGGAUUACACCAAUUCGUGACCAGCAAUGAAGCCAAAGACCGGGUUUACGCAACCACUAUGAGUGAGCCUCCGCGGUUGUUCACUUGGGGUGUGGACGAGGACUUUCGGUUCACCCACUUAAGCACCAAGAACAUCACAUCCUCGGCCUGUUACAUCUCCGAUGAUGGCCAUUAUUCUUUCUCCGCUGGUGGACCAACUGCGCAGAUCAAUUCACUAGGUGAUAAUGGGGCCAUUGGUAACCAAACAGACGAGCUCUAUCUUAUCCCUGUGGAGGAUAUUGAUAGUGUGGAUAAGACCCGAAAUGCUGUCUUACAUGGCGCUCAUGCCUUCGAUGUCAACGUGAACAACAAGGGAUUUGUUCCCCAUCUCGGUAUGAACUCAAUCUUCAUGUACGAUGUUGCCGAUAAUGGCACUGCUCAGCUUCUAUCGAUCAAUCUGAGCCCAACGGAGGGUGAUGGUCCUCGCAACUCGUAUUCUAGCGAGGAUGGGAAGCUUCUCUACGUGGUUACCGAACAUACCCAAUGGCUCGAUGUCUACGAAGUCCGUGAAACUGAACUCAAACAUGUACAGCGUGCCAGUGUGAUUCCUGAAGGUCUUCGAGGUCACUAUACAUUCCGCAGUAAUACUGUCCGACCCUCCAGAGAUGGCAAAUACCUCUUCGUCUCCACUCGCAGCUGGGAAUCACCCGGGGUAAACGGGUUCGCCGCUGUAUUUGAGGUAAAUGACGAGGGAUAUCUCACAAAGGAAGAUGCUGUUACCUUUUACGAGGCACCCGUAUCUCUUGGUUCUGCUGGCGGUCUUCGCGUCGCACCUUGGGAGGACGAGACUAAUUGUGAUCCAGAGGGUUUGACGGACUAUAUGUACCUUAGUGACACCUCUGAGGGAUGGAUGUUCAUUUUGGGUUGGACUCCUUCUAACCAUUCUUUGGACCUUGUUGCGUCGCUUCAAUACCCGGACAACGCAUCGCCAUAUGAGGCUACCUGGUUGAGCUAG